AUGGGUAUCUGUCGGGACUCGCGUCACAAAAGACGGGCUACUGGUGGCAAGCGUGCUAUCCACCAGAAGAAGCGGAAGUAUGAAUUGGGUCGUCCGGCAGCGAUGACCAAGUUGGGUGGUAGUCGGAAGUCUAUCAUUCGGACGCGUGGCGCCAAUGUGAAGCACCGUGCGUUGCGUGUUGAAGCUGGCAACUUCUCGUGGGGUUCUGAGGCUGUUGCCUUCAAGGCCAAAAUCUACAGCGCUGUCUAUCACCCGUCUUCCAACGAGUUCGUGCGCACCAACACAGUGACCAAGAACACCAUCGUGUCCAUCGAUGCUACCCCCUUCAAGACCUUCUACCGUCAGCGCUACGGCGUCGAACUCGGCAAGGUCAUCCCUGGACAGGAAGCCGCCGAAUUCUCACCCGAGGAAAAGGCUAAACACGAGACUCUCUCCAAAACCCGGUUCCUUGAACCACUCACCGAAGAACAAUUCAACUCCGGCAGACUCCUCGCGUGUGUCUCCUCCAGACCAGGCCAAGUCGGCUCUGCUGAUGGCUACAUCCUCGAGGGCAAGGAACUCGAAUUCUACAAGAGAAAGAUGGACAAAAAGAAGAAGUAA